UGGAACCAACACCAAUUUCUAAGAUGGCGCCGAAGUGAGCUGUAGCAAAACGGUGCUGGUGCAAAAUUCGAUCGACGGAAGCUUGCAAGCGCUUCCACCCCAGUGGUAAACAAUAAUAGAAGCAAUCACCGAAUGUGCCAGUGCGUUUGUUUUCGGUGAUUUCGUUCCGCGGUUCCACGUGCAUACGGCCCAAUCAUUUACACCGUGCGUGUGUGUGUUGCUGUCGCUUGGCUUGGCGCUCGGUGUACGGAGUGGUGCAGAAAGUGGUUGCGAGCAGUCAGCCUUGGGUGCACCUCCGGGGACAGGAAAGAAAAUGGCGUCGUCGAUAGUCAAGUGUUGAGAGUGGAAAAUUUUUUGCAUGUGAAUUGGAAUCCCCAUUUUUCGACCCGAACGCUCACUUUUCGGCCCGAAAACGGUCGCAUUCGAUUCGCAACGGUGUGGUGCAUUUUUUCAGCUACAAUUCCAUAUGGUGGAAACAUUUUUCCCCUACACCGCCGAAGAAAACCCUGCCAAAAAGCGUAAUGAGCCAGACAAAAGAGGAUAAAAGCGAUUCAGAAAAUGAAUCCAGCAGUGGAAGUAAAAGUGGCUCAUCCUCCGAUUCCGAAAGUGAAUCCGGAUCCGGCUCGUCCAGCUCAAGCUCGAGCGAUAAUGAGCACGAAGAAGCGCCCAACAAUGGGCUGAACGUGUCGAACCGUGACACAAGCGGAACAGCAUCCACGAACAACACAUCCACCGGCAGCAGCAGCAGCGGUGUGCGAAACUCGACGGCAGAAAAUGGUCUAUCGGACAGCAAAUCGAGUAUUAAUCGGCACGGGCAGGAGGACGAGGAAGACGAUGAUGACGACGAGGACGACGAUCGGAAUGAGGACGAUUCCGAUGCUUCAGCAGGGAAUGGAGCGGUAAGCGCUGGCGCUAACCAUCAUCCAAACAGUCGUAUACGCAGUUCAUCACAUUCGGGCGCCGAUUCGGACGACAGUGGCGAAGAGCGGGAAGGAGAAAACGGAACAGGGAACAGUGCAACCCACAACCAAAACAGCGAUUCCGAUAACAGCGCCAGUAAACCCAGCAACACUAGCCGACAGAGUGACGACGAUGAAGAGGAUGAGGAAGAGGACGAUGAUGAUGAUGAGGAGGAGGAGGACGAUGAUGACGAUGAUGAUGAUGAUGGUGAUGAUGCAGCAGCCGCGGGAGCAAAGCAAGAACCACGGUUGGCCAAUACGGUUCCUGUCGCCGUUCCUCCUCCACCCGAGGACGACGACGACGACGAGGAGGAUGAGGAUGAGGACGAAGAGGACGCCCAGCAGUCCUCCAAAAGCAGCUACGAUGAUGAGGAUUACGCAGCGAACAAAUUGAGACGGAAAAGUGCACGGAAGAAAGCGGUUGCUGCCGCACGGAAGCGACCCACUGCUCAGCCACCGUCUAAAGCCAAGAAGAAGAAAAGCAGCUCCAACAGCCGAUGGAAGUCUGAGACGUCGGAAAGUGACGCUAGCGAUGGUGAUUCCGAGGACUCGCGCGACCAGCGCUACCGGCGGAAAGCUCCGUCCGGCGGCGGCGGCGGCGGCGGGGCUGCCGCGGGAAAGAAACGUACCGCUGGUGGCGCUACCAACGCCAAAGCGAAGGCAGCCAAAAAGAGGAAGUCGAACGCGUACAGCUCCGACGAGGGUAGCAAUAGUGACGAUGAGCGGAAACGGUCGGCAGCGACAAGAAGAAAGAACAACACCGUAAGCUACAAGGAGGAGAGUGGCGACGAGCCGACGGACAGUGACGAUCUGCUGGAGGUGGAUCAGGAAGCGGAAGAGGCAGCGGCAGCGCAGGCCGCAGAAGAGGAGAAGGCGGAAACGAUCGAGCGAAUAAUCGGAAAGCGGAAGGGUCGACGCGGUGCGACCGGCGCGGUAACGACGGUCUACGCGAUCGAGGAAAAUGGUGAUCCGAACGAAGUCGGCGGUGAAGGCGUUAGCCGCGAGGUGGAAGAACAGUUCCUGAUCAAGUGGACCGGUUGGUCGUACCUGCACUGCACCUGGGAGUCGGAGGAAACGCUCCGGGAGCAGAAGGUGAAGGGCAUGAAGAAGCUGGAAAACUACAUCAAGCGCGAGCAGCAGCUCGAUCACUGGCGCAAGUACCAGGCCGGACCGGAAGACAUCGACUACUACGAGUGCCAACAGGAGUUGCAGCAGGAUCUGCUCAAAAGCUACUACAAUGUCGAGCGAAUCAUUGCCCAGGCGAACAAAGCGGAGGAAGGUGAAACGGGCCUGGAGUAUCUGUGCAAAUGGGAAUCGCUUCCGUACUCCGACUCGACGUGGGAAGACGCCGGGUUGAUCCGUCGCAAGUGGCAGCAAAAGAUAGUGGAGUUUCACGAGCGUGAAGAAUCGCGCCGAACGCCCUCGAAGCACUGCAAAGCGAUACGGUACCGGCCGAACUUUAAGCACCUCAAAACGCAACCCGAGUAUCUCGGCGAGGAGCGUGGAUUGAAGCUGCGCGAUUACCAGAUGGAUGGGUUGAACUGGUUGAUACUGACCUGGUGUAAGGAUAAUUCGGUAAUACUGGCCGAUGAAAUGGGGCUGGGCAAAACGAUACAGACCAUCUGCUUUCUGUACUAUCUGUUCAAAUCGCAGCAACUGUAUGGGCCGUUCCUGUGCGUCGUGCCGCUCAGCACGAUGCCUGCCUGGCAGCGCGAGUUUGGCAUUUGGGCGCCGGAAAUGAACGUCGUCACGUACCUGGGCGAUGUGCAGUCGCGUGAGAUUAUACGCCAGUACGAGUGGUGUUACGAUAGUACGAAGAAGCUCAAGUUUAACGCAAUCCUCACUACGUACGAGAUUCUGCUGAAGGACAAAACGUUUCUCGGUUCGAUCGGAUGGGCUUCCCUCCUGGUGGACGAAGCGCACCGGCUGAAGAACGACGAUUCGCUGCUGUACAAAGCGCUGAAAGAGUUCGACACCAACCAUCGGCUGCUCAUCACCGGCACACCGUUGCAAAACUCACUCAAAGAGCUGUGGGCGCUGCUGCACUUUAUCAUGCCGGAACGGUUCGAAUCGUGGGAUGAUUUUGAGCGUAAUUACGGCAACACGACCAACGACAAGAGCUACACGAAGCUGCACAAAGAGCUCGAACCGUACAUACUGCGGCGCGUGAAGAAGGACGUCGAAAAGAGUUUGCCCGCGAAGGUGGAACAGAUACUGCGCGUGGAGAUGACCUCGAUACAGCGCCAGUACUACAAGUGGAUUCUGUCGAAAAAUUUCGACGCCCUGCGGAAGGGCAUGAAGGGUUCGGUCGGCACGUUUCUGAACAUUGUGAUCGAGCUGAAAAAGUGCUGCAACCAUGCGGCCCUAACGCGCCCGAUGGAGUUUGAAACGCAGCGGGACAAUCAGCAGGACAUCGUGCAGCAGCUGCUGAAGGGUUCGGGCAAGCUGGUGCUGUUGGAUAAGUUGCUCUGCCGGCUGAAGGAGACCGGCCACCGGGUGUUGAUUUUCUCGCAGAUGGUCCGCAUGUUGGACAUUUUGGCGGAGUAUCUGCAGAAGCGGCACUUCUCCUUCCAGCGGCUGGAUGGUAGUAUUAAGGGCGAGCUGCGCAAGCAAGCGCUGGACCAUUUCAAUGCGGAAGGUUCGACGGAUUUCUGCUUCCUGCUGUCGACGCGUGCCGGCGGGCUGGGUAUUAAUCUUGCCACGGCCGAUACGGUGAUCAUCUUCGAUUCGGACUGGAACCCGCAGAACGAUCUGCAGGCGCAGGCCCGUGCGCAUCGUAUCGGGCAGAAGAAUCAGGUGAACAUUUAUCGGCUCGUGACGGCACACUCGGUGGAGGAGAAUAUUGUGGAGCGUGCCAAGCAGAAGAUGGUGCUGGACCAUCUGGUCAUACAGCGGAUGGACACGACGGGACGUACCGUGCUGGACAAGAACGGUGGCAGCAACACGUCCAACCCGUUCAACAAGGAUGAACUGUCGGCGAUUUUAAAGUUCGGCGCGGAGGAGCUGUUCAAGGAGGAGGAGGACGGCGACGAGGAGCUGGUGUGUGAUAUCGAUGAGAUACUGCGGCGGGCGGAAACGCGCGACGAAGCGCCGGGCAUGCCGGGCGACGAGCUGCUGUCCGCGUUUAACGUUACGACGUUCGAUUUCGACGAGGACAAGGUCGUGUCCGGUGCGAAACCAACGGUCGGCGGUGGUGUUGGUGGCGCGGGUGCGGACCAGGACCAGGACACGAAGGAUUGGGACGAAAUCAUUCCGAAGUCAUAUCGCGAGCUGGUGGAGGCGGAAGAGCGUGACCGAGAAAUUAAGGACCUGUAUCUGCCGCCCAGGCGGCCAGCCGUGAAGCAGGGCAACAAUCAGCACGGCGCGAACGAUGCGGACGGCAGAAAGGGAGGUGGGAAGGGCAAAAAGCGGAAAGGCGGUGACGCUGAGGAGAGCGAGGAGCUUGACUCGGAUGGUGCCAGUGGUGGGGAGGACGGGAAAACGAAGCGUUCCCGGGGGCGACCGUCAAACAAGGAGAAGAUCAGCGGAUUCUCGGACGCUGAGUUGCGGCGGUUGAUCAAAAGCUACAAAAAGUUCCCGGCGCCAUUGAAACGGCUCGAAGCGAUCGCUUGCGAUGCGGAACUGCAGGAGAAACCGCUGUCCGAUUUGCGGCGCGUUGCACAGCUGCUGCACGACCGGUGCAUACAGACGAUGCGUGAAAUUGCGAAAGAGGUGGAAGCGGAUGGCAAGCACCCGCCGCCGUUGGCCGGCGCGGACGCGAAGAAAAAGUGUGCCCGGGCGGCUUAUUCCAGCAAAAUCGGCGGUGCAUCGUUUAACGUGAAAACGAUGAUGCAGUGCGUGGAGGAGCUGCAGCCACUGGACGAGGUGAUACCGAGCGACGCGUCCGAGCGGGCGCGCUGGCUGCUCAACAUUAAAACCCGCCCACCCAACUUUGACGUCGACUGGAGCGGGGAGGACGAUUCGCGGCUGCUGCGAGGCAUUUAUCAGUUUGGCAUUGGGUCGUGGGAAGCGAUGAAGAUGGACCCGUCGCUCGGGCUGGCGGAUAAGAUACUGUCGAACGACGCAAACCGAAAACCGCAGGGCAAACAUCUACAGUCGCGCGCCGAGUAUCUGCUGAAGGUGUUGCGCAAAACGCUCGAGCUGAAGCGCGGUCCGUCGAAGCCGCGCAAGCAGCGGAAACCGAAGGAGAUCAAGUCGCUGGCCUCGACGCCGGUUGUCGGUGCGAGUCCGAUGCGGGAUGGCGAUUCCUCUUCCUUCAGCUGUUCCAUAUCGGCAACGAUCGCUGCGGUUGCUGCCGGGGAAGAUGUGGCGAUGGGCGGCGGUGGCGGCGGCGGCGGCACUAAUGCGCUGUCCAGCGGAACAGGACCGAUGCCUGCAACCGGUGCGGGUGGAACCGCCGUCGGAACGAACGCGUCGCUGGUUGGUUCGACUGAAGAGAAAAAGACUGGUAGCAAAAUUAAAAAACUGUCAGAAUCGGACCAUCAUCAUCAUCAUCAUUACAAUCAUCAUCACCACGAUGAGCACUCGAACGGAUCGAAGGCGGCGGACGACCAUGCAAAUCAUCAGCCGCAUGGUGGCAAAGAACCGGACAAGCGGGAUAAGAAAAAGUCGAAGAAAGACAAACAGAAGGAUGCGAAGAAGGACAAAAGGAACAAAAACACCGGUCCGAUGCAUUUUACCGCGAACAACGAACCGUGUGCACUGAACAUACUGGGCGAUCUCGAUCCGACCGUGUUCAACGAGUGCAAGGAGAAGAUGCGGCCGGUAAAGAAGGCGCUCAAGACGCUCGACAAUCCGGACGAGUCGCUGUCGCAGGAGGAGCAGCUGCGGCAGACCCGCGCCUGUCUGCUAAGCAUCGGCGACCAGAUUAACCUCUGCCUGGCGGAGUACCGUGAUCCGGAAAAGGCAAAGGAAUGGCGCAGCAACCUGUGGUACUUUGUGUCGAAGUUUACCGAGUUCGACGCGCGGAAGCUGUUCAAGCUGUACAAGCAUGCGCUCAAGCGUCCGGAAGGUUCGGGCACGUCGGGUGGUGAUCACGGCACGACCAACAGCAACGCGUCCAGUACGGCCUCGCCGGCAAAGGAAGGUGCAAAAGGGAAGAAAUCUGGCGGAAAGAAGGAUAAUGGGCAUAGUGAGGGUGUAGUACAGCUACCACCACCACCACCAGCACCGGGUGAUAGUGCCGAGGACAGGGAGGAUGACAAAGCAGGGCGGCGUGAUCGGAAGGAGAAAAAGCGACAUCAUCAUCACCAUCACAACCAUCACCAUGCGGGCGGAAUUAGUGGGCCGCUCAUGAGCGAUUCGGCGUUACAGCAGCGUGAACGCUAUCAGCAGCACCACCAUCAGCAGGCGUCAGGUGGAGGCGACAGUGGCCAUCACGUGCCGGAUGCGGGUGUGACCGGUGCUAAGGACGAAGGAGGAGGCUCAGGGUCGAUGCAUUCCAAGAGGCGGCUCGAGGAAGGAGAGUAUGAUGAAAACAGCAAAGAGUACAAAAGACUGCACGGCGAUAGUCGCAAUCAUCGUGAUCGUGACAAAAAGUGGGACGAGUACGGUCCGGACCGAGAUCGGAUGAGAAACGCGCCCUCGUCCAGGGGCAGUGCGCCGACGAUACCACAAAGUAUGCGUGUGUUUCCAGACGAUCGGGGCCCUCCGUAUCCCGGUGAUGGUGGUGGUGCGUGGCGGGAUCGGUUCGGACCGGAUCAUAAACGGGAUCGAUACGAUGGUUACGGUGGCAGGCAUACAUCAUCUUCGGGCUAUCAUCGCGAACGGGAUCGUGAACGGGACCGUGAUCGAGACCGUGACCGUGAGCGGGAUCGUGACCGAGACCGUGACCGGGAUCGUGACCGGGACCGGGGUGAUCGUGCGUACAAGGACAAGCGAAGGUACCCACCUUCCGGUCCAGGAGGCUAUCCCGGCGGUCACGGGUAUGGCAUGUCCCCUUCCACCGGCUACUAUCCUUCCGGCGAAAGUCCCUAUCGGUAUCCGAUGGGAAGCGGAGGCUAUCCUCCUUCAGCGCGUACCCCUGCCGGUGCGCCACCCGCCGCUGUCGUAUUACCUUCCGGCGGUGUUGUUCCUGGUGCUCCCGGUGGUGUUGUGCCACCCGCGGACUAUAUGGAAUAUCGGCGGCCAGAUUACGAUCGAAGGCCACCACCAGCGGCAAAUAAUUAACUUAACACACACACACCCUCUCUCUAAUUGUAAGGUGAUAAUCUCUUGCUGUAAGAGGCCACAACAGGUUUAAAGAAUGGUGUAAAUAGAGUGGAAUCCCCGGGCAAUGGAUGCUGUAUGAUGUUCGAUGGCUGUAGGAAAAGUAGCAUUGCCCAUACAUACGGUGUAUAUUUCAGUCAGACGUUGUUAGGCAACCGAUUUACAGGACAGGUAACGGGCUGCUGGGAUGUUCGGUGGAAUCAUCCUUCGUCGUGGAGAAGUGUAUAGUGAAAAUCAGAGUAUAAUUAAGCUUAUUUUAAGUAAGAGUCCAGCAGCAGCUAGCGUUUAGUGUAGCAGAAUUCAGUCUAGGUUUAUAUCUCUGCGUGUGCAUAUCUGCCUCGAUAUUUGGUGAUAAGCGAGCACACCGCGCAGACCUGCUGCGAGGUUGUAUAUGUUUGUGUGUGAGCGCGGCUAUAAGUUAGUAGAUAGAAUUUAUUUUGACGUGUACGACGUGUAAAUGAUUUUAAUUUGUAAUGAUGCUAAAUUACUCCCUCCCCCCCCCCCCCCCCCCACCAUGCGAAAAACACAUCUCAGCAAGAGCGCAAAAAGGAGCGUCCGUGUAACCUUAACCGCUUCGGUUCGAAACUCACACAACGCAUUACACAAUCCUACAAACCACACACACACACGGCAGUACAAUCGUGUUACUCGGUAAGGUUAAUUUAUUUUACGUGAAGCCCCGUUAAUAAGCAAUAGCAAUAAUCUAAUUAGUACCUCUUUUUAUACGCCUAGAGAAUAUAGCCAUGAAACAAACGAGCGAAUGAAAAUAUUUGGAAAUCCGGAAACUAUGAAGAAGAAAAAACAAAACGAAACUUACCACACACACACACACACACACACAAGAGGUGCCGUUUAUUGCAAUUAUUUUUCUUUUGGUUUUUGUUCCUCUCAAUACGUAAACUCACACAUAUCGUGAAUCUACCCUGUAUACCAAAAUGGAAAAUCAAAGUUAUGCCGCCCUUGUGGUUAUGCGUUUGUGGCUUUCUUUAGUAAAAUACUCGCCGUUUUUCUGUGCUCGAGAGCUGUCUUUCGUUCGUCCUUUUUUGAGGUUCUCCAGCAAUGUUGUAUCGAUUGUUGCAGUCACCACCCCACUCAUCCUGAUUUCUCCGCGAACAUAUGAACAAACAAAAGACCACGGAACGGAAUGGCUUCUGUACGACACGAAAUGAUUGUGAUUUUAUACUCUAAGUUUUAUAGUGCGUACGUGACGAUUACCCGUAUCAUGUUCAGAUGGCGAAUGGAUACAAUUAUGGACCAUAGUUAUAAUCACCCCCCUCCCCCUUGCUCUGGUGGAGUGUAAAAUCCACGUCCGCUCUCCAGAUCGGUUGACCAUGUUUUGGGCGCGCAAAGGCAAAGGAGAAAUGGAGUGGAAGGGUUAAAUUGUACACAGACACACUCUUUCUUCCAAAUCUUUCUUAAAGGUAUCGAGAUGUGGGUAGGAAGCAAGGGGCAGCAAAAAAAAACAGCAAGUUAUACGUAUUUAGGCUGCCGUGCUACCACCAGGUAGCAAACGGAGCCAUUUCAGGGGGCAUUCAGGAAAAUGGAUAGCAACAGCAAUAGCAAUAGACGACCACUUAGAAUAUGUACAGUUUAAAGGCUAUAUAAAAUUGCAUAAUAUAUCUAUAUACAUACGCGUCUGUGCAGCAGCCGGAUCGAUGAAAGGUUAUAGGGAAUAAAGGAAUUACCAAGAGGAGGACUGAGCAGUCGCUACAAAUAACGAACUUGAACAACACACAGACACGGUUACAUUCACUAUACAAAAAAUAAACAGCAACAAAAAAGAA